UUAAAUACCUCAUUCCUACGUUUGCCUGAUGGCAUUGUUGAUCCUGAUCACAGUCGUCCUGGAAAGACAGCGUGGCAUGGGACUGAAAACAAUGUCUGCCGUGCUGCUUUCUUAAGAAAACUUCCUCCAAAGUUCUCUUUAUGGCGCAAAAUGACAGACGCUAAGGCGAGGAACCAAAGCAAAUACGGGCUAUAUUUUGCUGAGGCGUUCAACGAAUCUGCUUUCGAUCAUUUAUUUACCAAUUACAGCAUCACAACAUGUGGGAACUUCACGAUGGACACGCAGGUUGUUGGCGUUGGGAUUUUCCUCUCCGUUUUUAUUCUGAUGGCAAUCGUGGGGAAUAUUUUGGUCAUCCUCUCCGUGGUUUGCAACAAACAUUUGCAGACCGUCACCAACUUCUUCAUCGUCAACUUGGCCAUGGCGGACCUUCUGUUGGCAAUCAUCGUCCUGCCCUUUUCUGCAUCUUUAGAGGUUCUGGGAUGCUGGGUGUUUGGCCGGGUUUUCUGUAACAUCUGGGCAGCUGUGGAUGUGCUGUGCUGCACCGCCUCCAUCCUCAGCCUCUGCAUCAUCUCCAUCGACCGAUAUAUCGGGGUCAAAUACUGCCUUAAAUACCCGACUAUUAUGACAGAAGGGAAGGCAGUGGCUAUUCUACUGCUUGUGUGGGUAUCAUCAACUGUCAUCUCUGUUGGACCGCUCCUGGGAUGGAAGGAACCACCGCCUGUGGACGACAGCAUCUGCAGGAUAACAGAGGAGCCGGGCUAUGCGCUCUUCUCCUCUCUUUUCUCUUUCUACCUCCCGCUCAUGGUCAUUCUCAUCAUGUAUUUUAGGGUGUACGUGGUGGCCCGCAGGACUACUAAGAGCCUAGAAGCGGGUGUGAAACGGGAGAGAAAUAAGUCUGUGGAGGUAGUCCUCCGUAUACACUGUCGCAGCGUGCUGGAGCACGCGCGUCCGACCAACUCCAAAAGCAGCAAAAACCACCCGUUUCGAAGUUCGCUCUCAGUGCGGCUGAUGAAGUUCUCUCGGGAGAAAAAGGCUGCAAAGACGCUCGCCAUCGUGGUGGGGAUGUUCAUACUCUGUUGGCUGCCCUUUUUCUUCUUUCUACCGAUGGGUUCCUUCUUUCCAGAACUGAAACCGUCCGAAACUGUGUUCAAGGUGGUAUUUUGGCUGGGAUAUUUCAACAGCUGCAUCAAUCCAAUGAUAUACCCCUGCUCCAGCAAGGAGUUUCAGCGGGCCUUCACUCGGCUCCUAAAGUGUCAGUGCCACCAAAAACAGAGGGUCUUGCGUCGCUUCUACGACCAGAGGUGGAGGACAGCUGUGAAGGAAAGGGCAAUGGAGCAAAGAGGGCACUAUACGCCUGGCUACGCUGUGCACGAGUCCUGGGGCAGCUCUUGGUUGCACAAGAGCAAAGGAUGCUCGACUGGUUUAAAGAGAUGGAGGUUUUUCCCACCAUUACAGAAGUCCUCCUUCCAUGUCAGAGAAAAAGUGAACAAUCUUUCAAAUAAGAUCAAGGGAGGCGCAGGAAAAAGCACCCCUGUGUCAGUGAGUCACUCUGAUACUGUAGAUACAAUCUCUAUGGGACUUUGCAACUCAUGUGAGCAGAACAGUUAUCAGUUCUAUGAUCUGGCAGAGUGUUAUGGUCUGAAAGAGACUGACAUUUAGUAGGGCCCCUGGAGAGCAUUUUUCCUUAUUUUGAAAGGGCCAUACAGGACCAACAUGCAAGAAAGACUAUGAAAGGACAUCAAAUUAGGAAAACAGAGAAUCAAAGCUGACAACAAUGACUCCAGCACAAAAAGAAAAAAGAAAAAAAGACUGAAACCUUGUCAGAAACCUUGUGACCAUAAUGUUUAUUUAAAUAAAAAUGUCUUGUGAACAGCUUAAAUUCUUACUUUGGAAGUGAACACAAGAGUUGCAAGCUUUUUGGAUUUGUUGCUGUUAUUUUAGGGUGCCAUGCUUCCUCAUUAGAAAGCAGGAAAAUCAUUGUUACCGUAAUCUUUCAUUUUGUUGAAUUUUUUAUAUAAACAGUUUUUCCCUGUCUUUAACUAUGAAGCAGAUGACAUUGACUGAUGAAAAGUUGCUGAUUUAAACGUUUAACAAGUUAAAAGAAAGAAAGAAACAUUGAACUGCAAUGAGGCAAGUACAGAAAACUGUACUGAAUAAGUUUGGACUGAGUCAAAAGGUAAAAUGUCAAAGAUUACAGGCAUUCAUCCUCCACCUUUU